GCAGAAGCAGUUUUGCAGGCAUGAGAAAUCACAGUGAGAGCAACGCUUUUUCACCAUAUGUUAAUGUGAAGAGUGAACAGUAAAUGGUUAAUCUUACUGCAAUCUGGUUUGCAUUGGCUGUGGUUUAUCCGGACGUUAAAUUCGGCGUUUCGUUACACCCGAAGGAGAACGUGACAGUGAAAAAGCGGCAUUAUCAGGUGUUUCAAGUGCUGCAAUGUCAGCUCAAUCCAGCAUCAAGUCGACGCCGCCCAGCGACAAGGGCAGUAGACCGACAUCAAGUAAGCCCACCCGGGCGUUAUCAGGUGUUCCAAGUGCUGCAAUGUCAGCUCGAUCCGGGAUCAAGUCGAUGGCGCCCAGCGACAAGGGCAGUAGAACGACAUCAAGUAAGUCCGCACAGGCAAGAACCAAGGCAGAAGCCGCCAAGGUGCUACUGCGUUACGCCAGACAAGAAGCAGUUUUGAAAAUGAAACUGGCCACCAGAGAAGCCGAAAUCCAGAAAGAAAGGGCCGCCAGAGAAGCCGAAAGGGCCGCCAGACAAAGAGAAGAGGCUGCCAGAGAAGCCGAAAUCCAGAAAGAAAGGGCCGCCAGAGAAGCCGAAGAGGCUGCCAGACAAAGAGAAGAGGCCGCAAGAGAAGCCGAAACCCAGUUGGAAAUGGCAAAAAUAUCGACAGAGUUGCAAGUGCUGCAGCUAGAAAGAGAAGAAGAAGCUGCCAUGGCGGAAGCAAAGUACAUAGAACAAGCUGAAGGGUCGCGUGAUUUGACCGAAGUAAGAUCUACUUUAGAAAGGACCAGACUGGAACGCACAAGCGACUAUGUACAAUAUCAAAUAGACAGGCAGGCUCGUCUCCCCUCUCCAUACGUAUUCGAUAACUUCCCCAGCUACGAGGAGCCUCAGAGAGUCACGAUUGCAUCACAUCCAUACGAGGAAGGAAAUUUACCCUCACGGCUCCGUGAUGAAGUCAAGAAUGAAAGAACCGACAACGCUCCUUCACCCCCACAACAGGACGGCGGGGAGGGAGAGGUUCACUCCAGGACAACAAUUGUCAGCUCGAACUGUACAGAAGUUUGCGGUCAAACUCAGUCAAGCCGUUCUUGUUCCGAGAUCUGCCUCACUGAGGUGUACCCUAAAGAAGCACAACAAGACAUUACCAAGCGUAAAGUAACCGACGAGACGCUAGGUCAGUCAGUUUUCGUUCAAACCGAGCACGGAAACAAACUUGCACAAUCAGCUCAAGAUACCAUUUCUUUAAAACCCAAAGACACCAAGGUCUUCAGAGAUGAAGCAAAUAAUGGGGUUGCCCCAUUGCCAAUCAGAGAACCACGCCAGUGCUCACCAGAUAACAAAGAGCAGGCAGUCAAACGGUUCACGUCCUUACGGAAAACCUGGAAAAGGAAACCUGAGAUACAGCAACGCACCCGAUUGGCCCACGAGGUACUGUGCACCCUAAUGGCAGAGGUCACAGCCAUUAUAAACGCACAAUCAUUCCUACCUGUGUCUUCUGACCCAGAAAACCCCUUUAUACUUUCGCCAUCAACGCUCCUUACGCAGAAGGCAGGAGCACCUCCGCCACCAGGAGACUUUUCAGACAAAAAGCAAUGGAGACAAGUCCAGGCUCUGGCAAAUCAGUUCUGGCCUCGCUGGAGACAAAAAUAUCUACCUUUGUUGCAACAGAGACAAAAGUGGACAGAACCCCGAAGGAAUCUUCAAGUUGAAGACUUAGUCCUGCUCAGGGACAAGCAAGCCACCCGCAACAGCUGGCCAAUGGCCAGAAUCACUGUUACAUUCCCUAGCGGGGAUGGACAUGUCAGGAAGAUCGAAUUGAAGACUACCGACCAAGGCGAUGUGAAAAUUUACCAAGGGCCAGUUACAGAAGUUAUUCUACUUCUACCCAAUGACUGAUUAAGAGACUAAGUUUUGUACUCUGCUCAUUGUGACCUUACGAAGGUCAAGCGGGGAGUGUGCUGUCUUUACGACAGUUAUUUAGUUUAUAAUAUUUUCGCUUAGUAAUUCAUUCAACAGUAUUUUCUAGUUAGAAUUAGAAGUGUUUAAAGUGUAUUCAUUGCAUGUAAAAUAUAUCGCCAUGCGAUGACGUCACAUCCGGUUUCGCCGCGUCUUGUGGGAAAACACCGGUUUGAAAUUAGCGCGAGGGUGGGGGCUUUCCACGAGGCUCACCUGAGCACAAGCAGUUUUGCAGGCAUGAGAAAUCACAGUGAGAGCAACGCUGUAAGUUAAUAGAUAAUCGAUAUAUUGAACUAAGAUGUUAAUAGUGAUCCUGUUAGAGGUAACGACGGUAGAUAAUGUUUAUGCUUUCGUUAGUUAAAGAGUCGCGGAUAGUUUGCAUGGAAGUGUAUUUAAAGUAGUCAAUGGAGCAGGUAAACUCUCCCUGUAUACUGCACCUUAGUGUAAUGUAGUUAUAGUCACCUUUGCAAGUAUUUACACUUGAAAUGUGAUAUUAAGGAAGGAACAAAUACUGUAUCAAUCUUGUAUUG